AUGAUCAAAGCAGGAAGUACGGGAAAAGUCAAAAUAUUGAGCAUGAUCUUGUGGGUAAGAAAAGUCAACCCCACGGCAGUCAUGAUGAAUGGUAUUAAUCAAGGUUUGAACACUCACAGAGCUAAAUAUCCUUUGAGAAGAGUCGAAGUGAAAACCUUUACUAUACCCAUAGGAACUCAAUCUAAAAUCACGGAUCAUCUGUUUCAAGGCCAGAUGCCUAAACGCAUCAUUUUAGGCUUUGUGGACAAUGCGGCUUUUAACGGAGAUAAAACUAAAAAUCCGUUUCAUUUCCAAAACGUGGGAAUUACGAAAUUAGAUGUCAGUAUUAACGGAGAGAACAUGAGUACUCAUUGUUUCGAACCUAAUUUCAAUGAAGACUUAUAUCUGAGAUCUUAUCUGAGUUUACAUCAAGCACUGGGAAAAUUAGGAGAAGAUUGGGCCCCGGACAUCACCCUAGAAGAGUAUAAAAACGGAUACACUUUAUGGGGCUGGGAUUUCACUAAAGAUCAAGAGGCGCAAUCGGAUAAAUUCCACAUCAUGGAAACCGGAAAUCUGAGAGUAGAAGUCCAAUUUACGAACAAUACGGUGAACACCUUAAAUUGUGUGGUAUAUGCAGAAUUCGAUAAUCUGUUAGAAAUCAACAAACAGAGAGAAGUCAGUAUUGAUUAUUAA